CUCAAACUGCAUUCUACUACAGAUGUUAAGCUAUGUGGCCCUGCCAGCCGUUUUAUCACUGAGGGGGAGUAUGUGGAGAUCACGGCCAUCACCAAAGAGCAGGCUGGCAUUUACGAGUGCAUAUCCACGAACUACGUCUCUGCGCCUGAUGUCAGGAUCUGUAAGCUACCCUCCAGUCAUCUCCAGAGCCAGGAACACCCUGAGUGCAGUGGGCCAGAAGGGGACGCUACAGUGUGGGGCCUCAGCCGUCCCUUUCGCCGACUUUGAAUGGUACAAGGAGGACAGGAAGGUUCUGAUUGGAGUUAAUGGGCUGAAGAUUGAGUGCAAGGGGAAGCAGUCGAUGCUGACCUUCUUCAACGUGACCGAGGAGGACUAUGGGAACUACACCUGCAUUGCCAUGAAUGCCUUGGGAGUCACAAAUGCAAGCCUCAUCUUAUGUGACAUGGUUACAUGGCACAACAACCGCAUUUACUACAAGAAAACAAACAGCAAAGAUGUUUGUCUUCAUGUACGUUGA